CGCUCUCUCUCCUCCUCCUCCUCCCACACCUCAACCAGCACAAGAUGUCUACCUACAGCGGUACCUGCCUUUGCGGCGCGAGUGAGAUCACCGUCAACGGACCCAAGGCCGACAAGCAGAUCAAGUGCCACUGCACCGACUGCCAGCAGACGAGCGGCACGUCCAACUCGAGCAACAUCCUCGCCAAGGAGUCGGACGUCGAGAUCACGGGCAAGAUUGGGAAGUACACGUCCAAGGCCGCCUCGGGCAACGAGGUGACGCGCAUCUUCUGCACUGGUUGUGGCUCGCCCUUUGCGCACAACUCGUCGGUCUUUGGGGACUCGAUGGCCGUCCAGACCGCCUCGCUCGGCAGCUCGUUCAAGAGCGUGCCGUACGGCGCCGAGCUCUUCGUCAAGGACCGCUGGGCCGGCGUCAAGGCCGUCGAGGGCGCCGACCAGCAGGAGACGGCCUAGAGCGUCACGCGCUCGUGCACCGACCCUCUCCGCCUGCCGCCUCGCCACUCCUCCGACCACGACCUGAAAUCGAAGCAGUUCCUCCCUUGCGACUCGGC